AUGGAAUUUCUCGAUACGUCUGAUACUUCCAACCCAAGCCCACAGCCCCCUCCGCCACCUCCACCUGCAUGUACCACCUCCUCGACCUCUUUGAUGCCGCCUCAGCGUGGUGAUAAGACAGAUCUUCGACUUCGCAUCAAGCACGUGAUGAAUGCAAAAGAGCGCACUCGCACAGCCAGUGUCAACGACGCCUUUCUCAUGCUCCGUCGUCUCAUUCCCACGCAGCCGUUGAACCGAAAGCUUUCGAAGAUUGAGACCCUUCGACUAGCCACCUCGUACAUCGCUCACCUCAACUCCAUCCUUGUGACCGGUAUUCCAGCCGCAGAACAGCCCUGUUUACGACACCUCAACACUCCAUGUGGCGGACAGCCACCCCGUGUAUGUACUUUCUGUGUGAACGAGUUCAACCAACGCCAGAAGGAAUUGGAGGAACAGAUUUGA